AUGAACCAACCAACCAUGGUUUCCAUUAACCAAUCACCUUUCUCCCCUGUUGUAGGUUUGGAACUGCCCUUCAUGAUGAUGCCCCACCCCCUGAUCCCUGUUAGCUUGCCCCCUGCUUCUGUUUCCAUGGCAAUGAGCCAGAUGAACCACCUCAGCACCAUCGCCAACAUGGCCGCCGCCGCACAGCAGCAGAGCCUGCCCUGCAGAAUGGUCACCUCAGUCAUCAAAGUAAGCUAUAAUAAUAAUAAUAAUAAUAAUAAUAAUAAUAAUAAUAAUAAUAAUAAUAAGCAUAAGCAUAAGCAUAAGCAUAAUAACUAUAAAGUAAGACAUUAUAUGACAGUGUUUCCCAAUCCUGAUAUUUGGGACCCAUAAAUGUGUUAGUGCUAGGGCAAAAAUAAAUAUGUACACCCCUUUGGGUCCCCAGGACCAGGAUUGGAAAACACUGUUAUAUUCAAACAUGGAAGAUGUGGCACAGCAACAGAGCCUGCCCUGCAUAAUAGUCACCUCAGUCAUCAAGGUAAAGUGGCAGAAUAGACACAAACUGUGUAUAACAAAUAUACAGCUCUAGGCAUUUAAAGUAAUUGUUCAUGAACUUUUGACUGCGAUGAAGGACAGGGAAGCACUAUGGAAAUGGCCAAUUGAUUACACAGCAUCUACUUUCAUGGACCUCAUUUGUCACUGAUGUCCCUCUGUCAUUGACAGGAGCGUGUCCCAGAUAGUCCAUCCCCCGCCCCUUCCUUAGAGGACGGCAGGAGGCCCGGCAGCCACCCAUCGUCCCACCGCAGCAGCAGUGUCUCCAGCUCGCCGGCCCGCACAGAGAGCUCCUCAGACAGGAUACGUACGUCCCCUUAUUCCCUUCCCAUGCAACGAGUCAGACUGGCUAACUGCGUGUUCAGUGCCGCAAGUAAACAAACCAACCCUGCUAACCCAAUUUUGUUGUUGUUGUUGUUGCUGUUGUUGUUGUACUGAACUGAUAGAAAAACUGAUUUUAGAGUUGGAAUUUUGUAUUGCUCUUUGAUCCUGGGCGUGUAGGUUUUUGUUCCAGCCCAGUGGUUACACACCUAAAUCAACUACUCAAGUUCUAGAUGAUUCAUUUGAUGGUAAUACACUUUAUCAGUUGUAUCAGGUAUAUUAGUGCUGGGCUGGAACAAAACCCUGCACACUGUGGGUCCCUAGCACCAGGACUGAAGAACAGUAAUUUUGAGUCGUCCACAUGUUUAAAAUACAAAAUGUGUUAGCUAGCUGUUCAGACAGGGCAUAGACUUGUGAAAUUGAACAGACAAAGACAUCUUCUAAAUCACCUGUACUACUCUCGCUCUCCUCUCCAGCCAUACAUCAGAAUGGUUUGUCUAUGAACCAAAUGAACCAAGCUCUGCUGGGCCUCUCCCCAAGCAUUCUGCCUGGGCCUAA